AUGGGUGCUAUAUUUUGUCAUCCUUCUGAACGAUCAUAUAAUAUAAAUGGUAAAAGAUAUACAUGCUCAAGGUUAUUGGGCGAAGGUGGAUUUUCUUUUGUCUAUUUGGUAAAAGACAGUAGCGGUAAAAAGUAUGCUUUAAAAUCAAUGUUGUGUCAAACUCCAGAAUCCUUAAAUGUAGCAAACAAAGAAGUAAAUUUAUUAAGACAAUUAAAUCAUCCAAAUAUAAUUAAAGUGAUUGAUAGUGAUACGAUCAAUUCUGUACAGUUGGACUAUGCCAAAGAGGUAUUGAUAUUGUUGCCAUUCUGUAAAGAGGGAACUUUACAAGAUGUAUUGGAUAAACAGAGAACCGUCAAUGGAAAGAGUUGUAUGAUAUCAGUGUUUACACAGGCAGAGAUUAUCAACAUUUUCCAACAACUAUGUCAAGCAGUGUUGGUGUUGCACAGUCUCCAACCAACACCACUAGCACAUCGUGACUUGAAACCUGGCAAUAUUCUUUUGGAAGGCGAAAAUAACAAACCGAUACUAUUGGAUUUUGGAUCAGUUUCAGAGGCACGCAUCAAUGUAGAGACGAGAAAGCGUGCAUUAGAGGUACAAGAGGAUGCAGAGCAACAUUCUACGCCAAUGUACCGAGCACCCGAGCUAUUUGAUGUAGCAACCAAUUGUACUAUAGACGAAAGAACAGAUGUUUGGGCGUUGGGUUGUAUACUCUACGCAAUGGCAUUUAACAAAUCACCAUUUGAAGCUGACGAAUCUUCAAGUGUCGCAUUAAAGGUUGUAAGUGGUCAAAUCGAAAUACCACCCAAUCACAAAUACUCUCAGCCAUUUAUUCAACUCAUUCAUAAAAUGCUUUCACAUUCUAUAUCCAAUAGACCAUUUAUAAAUCAAAUUUUAAUUGAUUUAAGUUCAAUCAAUUAA